CCAAACCCAUGUGAUGCUACAGAACAUGCAUACAGUUUGUAUCUGUCAUUCAUUUCCUUCUGCAGAUUCCUCGCAUGCAGUGACCAGGACUCCCCAGAUCCGGUCCUAAACUAUGAGCUGGUCCUGAGAAAGUGGAGCGAGUUGAUUCCUGGCGGAGAGUUUCGCUGCUUCGUCAAAGAAAGCAAACUGAUCGCCAUCUCCCAGAGAGACUACACGCAGCACUACCAGCACGUCCUGAAGCAGGAGGAGCAGAUCCUUCACGCCAUAGAGCAGUUCUUCAGCCAGCACAUCCAGUACAACUUCUUGGACGAGGACUUUGUGCUUGAUGUCUACAGAGACAGCCAGGGGAGGGUGUGGCUGAUUGACGUGAACCCAUUCGGAGAGGUGACGGACUCGCUGCUGUUCAGCUGGGAGGAGCUGACGUCUGGUGGGGAAAUCGCCCAGCAGCAGGAAGGCCCUGCGUUCCGCUGCACCACCAGCGAGGUGACGGUGCAGCCCAGUCCCUGUCUGAGCUACCGAAUCCCACGGGACUUUGUCGACCUCUCCGCUGGAGAAGACGCUUACAAACUCAUCGACUUCCUCAAACUGAAGAAAAGCCAACAGGAAGAUUCUGAGGAGGAAGAGGAGGAGAACGCUCCACAGUGACACAGUGUAUCUGGAAGCAGCAGAGCAGCCCUCCACAUGAUGUUUUCCUGCAUGCAGUGACUCUUUCACCCCCUCUGUCCUGUUUUCUCUCACGCUCGUCUGUGAAGGCUGCGCCGUGUACCCGGGGUUCCUCCAGUAGCUCCCCAGCGUUAGUCUAAUGGAAAUUGUCGAAUUGGCUGAUCGUGUGUAAUGGCUCUCUGAGGAUUCAUUUUGUGCCGCUGAGUGUCUGCCGUCUUUGCCGAUCGUAAUGGCUCGGUGAGACAGGAGAGGGGAGGCCUCUGCGGUGUCUGUUAGUUGUUCAUUUCUGUGUUGGUGGGGGUGGAAUGAUUUGUUUUUUUUUUAAUGGAGGGUAAUAAAAUGUAAGCGGAUGUAUUCACAAACACUGUAAGGAAUGCCUGCUUUUAUGCUUUAAAAUAAGCGUGUGUAAUAGUUCAUGUAUCUUUAUUGCAGCCCAAAUAGCGUCCCCAAAUAGAGUUAAGAAAUGAACUAGUCAGCGCACACGUUUCACCGUCCGUGUGCGUCGGACUUUUUUAUUUAACACCGACGCCGUUCAUCACAGUCACCUUUCAUUUCUUCACCCACCUCACCAAUUUCCCUCUGAGCAGUUUCGACACCCUCAUUGCUCCGAGUGCUCUUUUCCAGCUCUGUUUUUCCCCCCAUCAUGCAUCACUGUAGACUGUUGCUCCAAAAAGAAAAACACCAUUAAACUUCUUGUCGUGUA